AAUCCCCACAACCCUCUGCGCCUGUCAGUGACGUCACCCGGAGCCCGGACCCGGCGAGCCUGAGCCAGCAGCGGUGUGUGUGCGCUCAGCAACAAAAGACUCGUUCUCACACACUCAGCGACGUUGUGUCGACGGCUUUAUACCUGUGGAUGUGUCGCAGCUGCUCGUGAUGACACUGCCGCCGCUGCUGUCCGUUGGAGGAAGAGGAAGAGGAAGGAGGUGAUGAUGAUGACAUGCAGUUAGCUGGCUGCCUGGCUGGCUGACGGACGCUCGGUCGGACGGACUUGAGCCCACUGUGUGUGCGGUGUCGCCCCGCAAACAGAGCAGGAUCCGCGGGGACGAGGGGCGAAGAUGCCGCGGAGGAAACAAUCCAACCCUCAGCCGGUGAAAUUGGAGUCGGAGGACGGGGCGGUGGUGUGUGAGCCCGGCUGCCUCGUUCUGGAGAGCGACUUCCUGCUGAGCGGAGAGCUGGAGUUUGGAGACUCUGAGAUCAUGGGACUGGAGAGAGAGGCCGGUAUGACGGUCUUCUCUCUGAGCGUGGAGGACGACCCGUCAGCACCAUCAGACUCCACCUUCCCCGCCUUCCUCUCCUGUCGAGGGUGUGGUCAGCUCCUGGGAGACACACCUCUGGGGGCGGGCUUCGACCUGGGUGUGGGCCUCGACCUGGGGGCGGAGCUUUAUUGUCAGACCUGUGAGGACGGCCUCCAGCACGAAGCCUCCUCUCAGCUGAACGGGUCGAACCCGGCCGACGGAUCCAUCGGCAGCGACUCCGACACGAAGCCUAGAAGCAAGGCGGACGGAACCGGCGACCUCCCGGCUAAACUGUACUCCUGCUCGCUGUGCGCCUUCACCUCGCGCUACUCCAACCACCUGAAGCGCCACAUGAGGACCCACGACGGCCAGAAGCCGUACCGCUGCCCCGUCUGCCCCUACGCCUCGGCCCAGCUCGUCAACCUGCAGCGCCACGCCCGCACCCACACCGGGGAGAAGCCGUACCGCUGCCACCAGUGCAGCUACGCCUGCAGCUCGCUGGGAAACCUGCGGCGACACCAGCGCAUGCACACGCAGGAGAGACCGCAGAGGAGGGAGAAGGAGAAGCGACGAGGGCGGCGGAAAAAGAACGCUGAAGCUGAAGAAGUCAUGUCCGACCUGACCCUACGAGUGUCCCAGGACUCGGGCUACCUCCAGACGUUGGGAGGUCUCGGGUCUCCGUCCGCCCCGCUGCCCGUCCUCCUCUUCCCCCUGUGCUGCCGGCUGUGCGGCCUCACCCUGGAGGAGGCCGACCUGGAAGGGGAGAAGGCCGAGGGGGACGUGGAGGGAGACGGAGGACAGGUGUGUCGUCGCUGCUCGUUGGACCUGCUGUCCAAAGACGGACCCGGGCCUCCCUGCAGCCCGACCGCGUCUCGUGGAUCCCGGCGAGGCCAGCGUGGCAAGAAGCUGUACCGCUGCCCUCACUGCCCCUUCCUGUCCCACUACCCCAACCACCUGGCCCGCCACGCCCACACCCACUCCGAGGAGAAACCCCACCGCUGCCCGCACUGCCCCUACACCUCCUCGCACCUCGACAACCUCAAGCGCCACCUGCGCGUGCACACGGGCGAGAAGCCUUAUCAGUGCCCGUCCUGCAGCUACGCCUGCGGAAACCUCGCCAACCUUCGGCGGCACGAGCGCAUCCACUCGGGCGCCAAGCCGUUCCACUGCGGCGUGUGCAGCUACUCCUGCAACCAGAGCAUGAACCUGAAGAGGCACAUGCUGCGACACACGGGCGAGAAGCCGUACGCCUGCGCCGAGUGCGACUACACCACGGGUCACUGGGACAACUACAAACGCCACCAGAGGAAACACGGACACAACACAGACAGCUGGGACAAACACGCCCCCAUCAACGGCCUGAGCUGGGGCCGAGACCCUCAGGAGAGCCAGGACCAGGGCCAGGAGCACAGCUAGAGACUGUGUGUGUGUGUGUGCGAGAGAGAGUGUGUGUGUGUGUGUGUGUGUGUGUGUGUGUGGUAUACACUGGUGAACCUCCAGCUCAGGUUGGAGCUCGACUCAGGUGCCUUCGACAGACUGAACGACUGUAACGCUGCACUGACUUUAUCACGGGGCAUUAAUGUGUCUGUGUGUGCGUGUGGUGUGUGUGUGUCUACUUCACACACAUCACACACACACACGUGUCUUUAGUCGACAGCCUCAGAUGUGCUGAUCUCAGUCAGAAUGUGACUUUUCUAACUGCGUGCGUCAUGAAGCCGAUCAGAACCUGAUGAAUUUAAAUGUUUAUUUUUGCUCUACAGAUGAUCUAUAUUUUGUAAAUGUGGAUGGUUUCUUUUUUUUCUUUCUUUAAUCAUCAUCAUCUCACAAGCUUUACAGUCUGGGCGCUGGUUUGAUCCUGGACUCAUGUGGUUUGUCAGCGAGGCUCCUGUGCAGCUUCAGUCUCACAGCUCUGAUUGUUUCCACUGAUCAGUUUACAGGUUUGAGAGGAACCAGUCAGUGGACGAGUCUCUGUGUUCGCUGUGAUGCGUUUAAUGUCCCCGACAACAUCUGUCGUCUCACUGAGACACUUGUUAGCAUUCGCUAACUGUUUAUUAACCCACGCUAACACUGCACAGUUCACAAGUGGGGAGAAAUUUGUGUUGAAGAACAAAAUGUGAAAAUCUCUUAAGCUUGUGUAAACCUGAGGCAUUAUUCCAGACGGCAGAGAAACCUUUUAACUUCGAGGCGAGAGAACCAGAAGUGCAAAAAUGUUGAUUUAAAAAAAAUAAUAAAUCUGUGCUUAAGGACUCAUUUCUGCGGCGCUAACCCUAACCCACACCAAAAACUAAACUUUUGCUGGAGUCGGCUCCAGUUAUUCUCGUGGUGGUCUAAGAGGACGUCAGUAAAGACAAAACAGAUUUCAAAAAUCCACAUCAUGUUUGUUAUAUGUAACUUGCAAUUUAUUAUAAGUCAUGCAAGCCUUAAAUAUGUCGUCUAAAGAAACAAGACUGAGUUAUUUACAGUAGACCAUCGAUGAAGCGUCUACUUCAUCAGUUAGCUUUAAUAACGAUAACUGAUAAAAUAAGCUCUCCUGCAGAUUUAUUUAGUAGAAAGAUUUCCCUGAAAUCAGUCUAACGAUGUUCCUGUAAGUCCUGAUGGAGUUUGAUCGGUUGAGAUCUCUGCCGUCCACACGAGUCUCUCAAACAUGUUUCUAGUUGUUGUCAGUCAUCGUUGUUGGUGUGGACGACAUUUUCCUGCGAGGCUACAGAACUGUGUAGCUGCACUCCUGAUGAUUUAAAUCAACACAAUGACUGGAAAUGAAAAUGUCAGACUGAGAAAUGAGUGCUCAGUGUCAUUAAAGCGUGACAUUCUUAAAGGGGGUUUUGAAUUGGGAAUGCACAGGAGCCCCGCUCGACAGAUUUCACGUCUUCUUUUGUCGCUCUUGUUAACAGAAUGUUUUAAAUCCGUAUCCUGAAAUUCAAAGACGUUUAUCCCAGACAAGGAGAUUUUUAUGUUCCAGCUUGUUUCUCUUGUUUAAGGCCGGAUGUUGUGAAAGUCUGCCUUUACCUCUCAGAUGUCAGCCAAUCAGGGAAGAAACAGAAAGAACUGAGUUAUGGAAGAACUCUAAUUUUAUUAAAUCGUGACAUUUUCCAUCCAACACUGAGACACGUGGUGUUUCUUUCAGCUUGUUUUAGUCGAGUGAGACGUCAGAUUAAACGAGAAGCUCUGAUAGUCUUUCAGACAUUAUGAUUCUCACUUGUGUGUUUUUAAUAAGCUCUCAAAUCAAGUAGCAGUGAAUCCAGCGUUCAGUGACAGAAGAUCUAGAUGUCAGAACUGUGAAUUUCUCAGGCUGUGGUUGAACUAUGGUGGAAUAUGUGAAUGUGUGAACUGGCUUGAGGGAUUUGUCACAUUAAAGUCAGUAAAAUUCAA